AUGUAUGGAUUAAAGGACAUUCAAAUGCAAGAUGCGACAUUUAACCUAGAGGAUAUGUCCAUGAAUUAUACUGGGUUUCUACCAAAAUUGAAAAUUCUGGGGAACUAUCGUCUCAAUGGAAGGGUACUACUUUUGCCCAUUGUAGGUAGGGGGAAUUGUACGAUAAUUUUAACAAAUCUGACUGCUGUUGUACAUUUCCCUUUGGAAAAAAUACAGAAGAAAGGAGAAAUAUAUAUACGAAUUACUGCAUCCAAAGAACUAAAAAUCCCAAACUUGGGUCGUCUGUACAUGCAUUUGGAAAAUCUUUUUGACGGAAAUAAAGAAUUGGGUGAUACUCUGAACACCGUCCUUAAUGAGAACUGGAAUUCAAUAUGGGACGACGUUAGGAGUGGUUGGGAAAUAUUUUUCGCCGAAACCGUAGCCCGUAUAUAUAACAGGUUUUUCGCUAAAGUGCCCCUGCGAGAGAUGGUCGAUAACCUAGAUCCAAAAUUUCUCGCCUAG